AUGGAUGGAGCAGGUGAGCCAGAAGGUUCAGCCAGUUCAACGGAUGAAGCAUCAUACGCAGAUGGGCCUGAGAUCGACGCUGCAUCUUCGCACUCGGGCCUCUCCGAGACCUUCACAGAUUGGCUUCGGCUUGCCCUAACCCAAGAGAUCACCGAUUCGGCCGAUCUGGAGAGUGCUAUGUGCGCCGUGGAGGUCAUGUUGGGAGCAGUCCAGGGUGACCCACGCGAGACCCUAGCAGAUGUAGCCAAAAUGCUCCGAGAGGAUUUUGGCACCCCUGAGACUGCCGUUGACUUGGUCCAGAAUUGGUUCUCCCUUCAAUGCUGA